GAAAGCGGGAAGCAUGUGAGUGAGUGAGAGAGAGAGACCAGAGUGAUGAAACUCGAAGGUAGGUGAGACACUGCAAAAUUCAAAUCUUCAAUCACAUUGAAUGUAGAGAGAGAGAGUUAGAAGCACCAUAGCAUAGCCUCAUUGCUUACUCCUAGACUCCAUAUCCCGAAUGUGGCAAGCUCUCUUGGCCGCCGCCGUGGCUGGAUCCACAGGCUUAGUCGCCAAACACCUCUUCAAGCCGACCCCUGAUCCCACUGCCGCCGCCGCCGCCGCCGAGAAAAAGAAACCAACAAGUCUUCUCGAUCACGAGGAGGAAGAGGACGACAGCCAUGGAAUCAGGUUUUUGGGGUCUUCAAGUCAUCGGGGUUUGUCUCAUGCAAGCGCUUGUGAAUGUGAGGAUGGGAUCUUUAGGUUUUCCAGUACGGAGGUGAAUGGGGGUCGGGUUGCUUCGAAGAAUUUGACUAAGAAAAGAAGGGUUUUGGGUCGUCAGUUGAAGAAAGGAGUUGGGUUUGAGAGAUCUGAUGGAUUGGAGCAGAGGAGGAGUGUGAGGAGGUUUGGUGUUUGCUUAAAGAGAAGGAAGACUACCAAAAAAGUAGCUGGAAAGAACGAAACCUGUUCUUCCUCUAAUGAUACCUCCUUAUUUGGAUGGGGACUUGGGGUUGGGAUAAUGUACAUGAUGUCAGCUGGCAAAGGCGAGUUCAGUAAACUAAAUACAGCAAUGAGUGAGACGGCAAAGGUUGUCGAAGAGUUAAAAACAGAGAUUUAUAAAAGGAAAGUUUCUCCAAUUCUUGAUGUUACAUGUAAUGCAUGUGAGGUCAUUUCAAACCACAAUGAUUUUCACGCAGACCUUAACAAGUCAAGGAGAAAUGAACAACUUGGUUCUAGUAACAUCAACAACUUCAGUCCUGUGAUAAUUGAUGGUGAAUGUGGAAGUAGUGCUCUUACAGAAGAGCCUGGGCAAGGGGUGCAGGAAAUGGAUCAACUGGAAAAGGAGCUUGAAUCUGAACUACAAAAACUGCCAUGGUGCACUAUAGAAGCUUCUGACAUAGAGUGUUCAGUAGAUUUGGUCAAGACCGAAGUUUCAGCUCAACGGUUCCCUGCUGAACAAGAGAGACAAGAUUAUGGAAUUCUGCCAGUAGAGCUUGAUCAAAAACUUUGUCAUUUGCUCAUUGAACGACAGGAAAACCAAAUAGAGGAGCUGGAAUCUGAAUUGCAUGUGGCCCAAAGCAAACUUCAUGAGAAAGAGGCUGAGCUCCAAACACUGAAGGACUGUGUUAAGCGCCUUACACAGUUCUCUAUUUCAUCUUUCUCAGAUGAUGAAACCGAGGUAGAAGAUGAACAAGAGCAGGCCCUUGAUUGGAAUUACAAGAAGGUUGGAUCUGAGUUAAAAGAACCUGGAGUUGGGAUGAAAAGACCUCUUGAUUCAAAUAUCAUGAAAUAUGACGUUAUUUCAUAAGUGGGCACAAAGGUAAUCACAAAUUCUAUUCUAUUGAGAAAUAAUAGAUUCCAGGCAUAUUCUAUUGUCUGGUGUGGGUCCAUUUAGAGUUUCAAGUCUGUGCAGCAAUGUUAGGCCAACAACAAAAAAAAAAUGAAAAAGAAAGGGUCUUGAAGUCUCAUAUUUCUUCUUGCAUUCUGCACCAGCAAUAUUAUAUUACAGUUUACGGAUUACUUUAUUUAAUGGCCUAGUGUCUAGAGCUAAAACCCUGUUAACAAAGUGAUCCUAAAUUGACUUGGCAAUGUGGCCCUUGCCCGGAUCUUGGUUUAAUAUAAUUAUGCCAGAAAGGCAGAAAGGAAGGCUGAAAUCUAAGUUGACUUUUUUGUUUCCUUGUUGGGUCAUAGAAUACAGCUCAGUAGCCUAGCCCACUUAAACACUAUCAAAUAACUAUAUAUUAUUACUCAGAAACUAUCUAUCUGUUUGGAUUUGAAUUUUAGCAGGGUAAGUGUUCAGUAAUAAAUUCAUAUAGUGCUCUGGUGGUUGAAUGUGCCCUUGGAGUUGGGACAGAUGAGACUUGAGAGGGAAAGGUGGUGCCUACCAAGUGGGUCAGGGGUUUUCUUUCUUUCCCAAAUCUAUAAAAAUGGUGGGGAUGAUGACCCCACUGACCCAGAUGUAUGAUUUUUUGCUGGAAAUUAUAAACCUGUAAUUGUUCCUUUUUUGUUGUAUUAUAUUGAUAGAAGAAGCACAAAAACUCUUUUUGGAAUAGUGCAGUAUCGCCAUAAUCUGAUAUGAUAAAGAUGGCACAUACAUAUGUAAUGUUUUUGGCAAACCCCAAUCAUCAAUGUAAAUUAUGGAGCUAUAUUUGUUGGGGAAA